AGAGCCCAGUCGCUGGGGGCAGGGCGGGCAUUCCGAGGGGACUGCCGAGAUAAGGACGGUUUGUCACGCGGUUUCGCUUCAGGGCCGGCCGCAGCUUCUUAUCGGUUUUUGUGGCGCUUUGGGUUCGAACCGGGAGCGGCCGGGCCGGGGCCGCGCUCUGUUCCCGCGCUCUCUUUGUUCCCGCGCUCUCUCUCUUUGUUCCCGCGCUCCGUUCCCGCGCUGGCGGCGGAGGGGGCGGGGCCCCGCGCCAUGGCGGCGGCGGGCGGCGAUGGCGGCGCGGGCCCGGCGGCGGAACCGGCGGCGGAGGAGCCGGGGGCGGGUGGAGGCGGCCCGGCCCCGGCGGAGCGCCCGGGUCGCGCCCAGGUGUUCGCCACCGUGGUGGACACGUUCCUGGAGAAGCUGGUGGCCGCCGGCAGCUACCAGAGGUUUGUCAACUGCUACCGCUGUUUCUACAAGCUGCAGCCCCAGCUGACCAAGAGCAUUUAUGAUCAGUUCAUCUCCCAGCUGCAGACAUCCAUAAAGGAGGAGAUCCAGGAGGUGAAAAAUGAAGGGAACCUGGAGGGACUCUUCAGUUCACUGGAUAAGAUCGUGGAGGAGGCAAAGGACAGGGAAGAGCCAGCGUGGCGCCCCAGCGGGGUCCCCGAGCAGGACGUGCGCAGUGCCAUGGUGCCCUACCUGCUCAAGCACCGCUCCCACCUGCGCAGGGUGCUCAGGGACAGGGAGCAGGAGCACAGGAAGGUGGCUGAGUCUGUGCUGCUGGGCAGGGACAGGAUUGCAGAGCUGCAGCAGCUGAUCCAGGCUCGCCAGCAGGCCUGGCAGGAAAUCAGUAAGGAGCACCAAGAGCUCAUCAUGACAUUCCAGGAGCCCCAGUGAGGCUGCAGGAUGUCCCACAGGCUCUGCUGAGACAGUUCAUCAUCCCAAAGCACUGAUGGGACAAGGUGUGGCACAACCCAAACUGAAAACCACCCUGUCAUGCCACUGGACACUGCAGAGGGACUGAAACAGCUGCUGGCCUGGCACAGUUUGAUCAGAUCUGGUGCAGAAAUUAAAAGACAUUGGGACCUUUGGAAAUGGAUGGCAAUUCUGUAUUUCCUACCCAGCUAGACAUAUAGGAAUGUCACAAAGUGUGUCUGUGCUCUCAUCUGCCCCACUCAGUGCUGUGACAGGCCUGAUUUUGCAGAUAGGAGGUUUUGUGGCUGUUUCAGGUGUGCAUUAGACAAAGCCUAAGCCCUAAGCCAGGCUGUGCCCAGGCCUGAGGAGCACACACACCUGAGGGUGGGUCACAGUCACUCCUGCCUGUCCCUGCAGGUUUAUUCUGUCUCCAUGUGUUCAAACCACUGCCCAUUGCACCAGUUCCUUGUUACCAUUCAUUCUGUUCCCCAAGUUACUCUCCAGCCCUGGUGUCCUCCCUGCAGCCUGGGGUACCCAGGGUUUGUGCAGAGGUUGGAAUGGCCCUGCCUCCACUCUGGGCUUGUGGCACAGGGCUUUAAUGUUCUAGAACCAGACUGGCUUUCCCCACCCAGAGUUUGUGUUCUGCCUCAUGGGAAGUUUGUGGGUUGGGGAAGCCAAGGCUCCCAGGAUCUCCCUGGCAGAGUGAUGUGUGCCUCCAGCAUGAGCAGCUGUUCCUUGGGGCUGGCCAGGGAAUGAGGAGGGUCCCCCACACCUGGUGAGGACUCAGAGAGGUUCUGAGUCCAUCAGGCUCUGGGGGCAGCAGAUUCUGUGCUCUGCACCCCAGGGGGAGGCUGUGCCCUGUCUGGGAGCAGCUGUGACCACUCACACCACACCCCAACCUCUGUUUGCAAUUAGAGCCCUGAAGAGAGGCUGCAGCAUUUCCUCUCUGCCUCCAAUUGCUGUGCUGGAAUCUCAAUAAACUGGAGCUGUUGUUCCCA